AAAGAGACCGAGAACGUCUUCAACCGUUGAAAGUGGGUCAACAAUGUAGAAGAGUUGCUGGGUUAGCGGUGUCUGACCGACACACACACUGCGGUUUCCUUCGGAAUGCCUCAAUUACCUCACUGUCAAGUUCACUACCGAUACGAGUGGUAUCUUAAAAGUCUCCCUUAAAAGUUUUUACAAAAAAUUUAUUUUAAAUUUGUUAAUAUUUAAACGUUUUGUGACAUAAGUGAAAGUGUUUUGUUACUUUAUUAAUGAAUUAAAUUAAUUGGACGAAAUGAGUGCUUUAACAGCCCCUUUAGUCGGUUUGGGAGCCGCGGCUGCUUCAAAUAUGGGAGUUUUCCUUCCAGCUUUAGUCGCAGCUAUUGCUUAUUUCCAAUACGAUAUGAUGGACCCAGAAUCAAGACCGAUUGAUACCGACACGGAUUCAAUGGAAAGUGUUUAUGAUUUUAUUGUGAUUGGGGCGGGAUCAGCAGGUGCCGUUGUUGCAAAUCGAUUAACAGAGCAAGAGAAUUGGAACGUUUUGCUUUUAGAAGCUGGAGGAGAUGAAACUGAAAUUUCAGAUGUCCCAAUAAUGGCAGCUUAUUUACAAUUAUCCCAAUUAGAUUGGAAAUAUAAAAGUGAACCUCAAGGAAAUGCAUGUUUAGCAAUGAAAGGAGGAAGAUGUAAUUGGCCACGCGGAAAAGUAAUUGGGGGCUCAUCAGUUUUAAACUACAUGUUAUACGUUAGAGGAAAUCGAAAAGAUUACGACCAUUGGGAAUCCCUAGGAAAUCCAGGUUGGGGUUACGCGGACGCGCUUUAUUAUUUCAAAAAAUCCGAAGACAACGAAAAUCCGUAUCUAACAAAAACGCCGUAUCACAAAAAAGGGGGUUUUUUAACCGUAACAGAAGCCCCUUAUCACACCCCUUUGCUAGCAAGUUUUAUUGAAGGCGGAAAAGAGCUAGGAUACGAAAAUAGAGACUUAAACGGCCAAUUUCAAAGCGGUUUUAUGAUCGCCCAAGGAACGAUUAGACGCGGAUCGAGAUGUUCAACGGGGAAAGCGUUUUUAAGACCGGUUAGAUUAAGACAAAACCUUCACGUUGCGAUGCAUUCUCACGUUACGAAAGUAUUAAUCGAUCCGAGUACUAGAAUAGCUUACGGGGUUGAGUUUUAUAGGGAUGGUAAAAUUCACCGAAUUCGCGCAAGAAAAGAAGUGAUUUUAUCGGCGGGAUCGGUUAAUACCCCUCAAUUAUUGAUGUUGAGCGGCGUGGGUCCUAAAGAAGAAUUAAUCAAACACAACAUACCUUUAAUUCAAGAUUUGCGGGUCGGAUUUAAUCUGCAAGAUCACGUCGGACUCGGUGGAUUAACUUUUCUUAUUGAUGAACCGAUUUCGAUUACUUUAGAAAGGAUUUACGCAGCAUCUCCUCUUUUACAAUACGCCGUCAUGGGAUCGGGUCCUUUAACAAUACUCGGCGGAGUUGAAGGUUUGGCGUUCGUUAACACAAAAUAUGUGAAUGCAAGCGAUGAUUAUCCGGAUAUAGAGUUUCAUUUUGUAAGCGGUGCGACCAGUUCGGAUGCGGGGGCUCAAUUGAGAAAAGCUCACGGAUUAAGUGAAGAAUUUUAUAAUAAAGUUUUUGAGCCGAUCUCGAAUCGAGACGCUUUUAGUUUUAUUCCGAUGCUGUUGCGUCCAAGAAGUCGGGGAGUUAUUAAAUUGAGAAGCUCAAAUCCGUUUGAUUAUCCUUUAAUUUAUCCUAAUUAUUUCGCUGAUGAGCACGAUUUGAAAACUUUGAUUGAUGGAGCAAGAAUCGGGGUUGCUUUGGGUUAUACGAAAGCUUUUCGAAAACACGGAAGUCGACAUCAUAAAUUUCCGCAAUGUAGUCAUAUUCCGGAGUAUACCGAUCAAUAUUUUGAGUGUAUGAUUCGAUUAUACACAGUAACAAUUUAUCAUCCGGUUGGUACAGCAAAAAUGGGUCCUUAUUGGGAUAGAGAAGCCGUUGUCGAUCCUCAACUGAGAGUUUAUGGUGUUAAAGGCCUCAGGGUGAUUGAUGGCUCCAUAAUGCCUACUUUGGUUAGUGCCAACACAAACGCGCCAAUUAUUAUGAUUGGGGAGAAAGGGUCCGAUUUAAUCAAAGAGUUUUGGUUAAAAAAUUCGUAAUUUAAAUCUAUUUUAAUGU